GGCUAACAGGCCGGACGCCCGAGGACCCCUCAGUCCAGAACACCUUCAGUAGCCCCUGAACCUGGCUUCAAUGACGAGGUAUCCGGCGCGCAGAUUUGUCUUCGGCAUUGCAAGGCGGGUUCCUCCUUCCGAACUCCAAGAUAGUCUUCGGGCGUAUUGAUCGUGUCUGGACCUGUAACACACACACACACACACACACAAACAACCGCGGAGAAUAUAUAUUCCAUGAGUCCAAUCCGCUGACAACUUUUUGCAACAUGACAUCACGCCCGGCCGGUCAUUAUUUCAAACCGUUUGUUGGCCUGCCGCCCCGGGUUUUGAGGCGCGGCCUUAUUGGCACGUCUUAUCCAAGCCGAGAUCGUGUCUCCUUAUUAAGGGAUUCUUAUCAACACGGACGAGGGUAACCCAACCAUCUCUCGGGUACAACUCCUUGGGAACAGGCAAGUUUUAAGGCCUCGGAGUUGGCGUUAGAUACUCACAGCCUUUAUAAAGGGGUGCAGGGCCGUCUUUCUUUCUUCCACGCUUGCUUCUUCCUCAUCUCUUGCUAUCUCGAGUUCUAACACCCAAGUUUCGACGGCUACAAGCCUCAGUCAUGUCCGGAUCCAGCCUUCCAGGCCGGUGGAUGGCCUCUUCUGUUACAGAGGAGGAUAUUGUGAAGCUUAGGGCGGCAAGAUAUCUGACCGCAGAAAUUCUCCAUCGGCUCCCUGCUGAAGGGCAGGUCAUCCCUACCCCCAGAUCCGGCGAGAGGGUCGUGUUCGUCUCCCACUUCCUCCGAGGGUUAGGUUUCGUCCUUAAUCCCUUUGUUCGCGGGCUCAUGUUCUAUUACGGGCUGGAUUUUCACGAUCUGGCCCCGAACUCUGUGCUUCUCAUCUCGGCGUUCACCGUCACGUGCGAGGCCUUCCUCCGGAUCCCUCCACACUUCGGCUUGUGGCUCAAGGCCUUCAAUGUAAAGCCGCAGGCGAUAGAGGGGAAGUAGGCGGAGUGUGGGGGUGCCAUAGUGAGCAAACUUAAUAGUGCUCUUUGGCUAAAAGGAUCCUUCACAGAAUCCUCCGACUUAUGGCAGCGGGAGUGGUUAUACAUCACCGAACCCCGUGGUUCCAAGUGGGCGGUCGCGCCUGCGUUCCGAUCCGGCCCUCCGAUUCAGCUCGCAUCGUGGGUUAAUAAGGGGUUGGACUGGGGAUCAGUUGAUGAGGUGCAGACUCUGCAGAGCCGCAUCCGGAGCCUCCUUGAGAGGGACAUUGAUCUCGUCAACGUUAUUCAGGUAAUGCUGGUUCGUCGGACCUUGCCGUGCCAGAGAUGGCCUCUCCGUAUGUGGGAGUUUGAUCCAGAAGGGCCACGGACACUUCAACACUUCUUCGGCACUACGCACAAAGGGAUGUGGAAAUUAUUUUUCGGGAAACGAAAACAGUAGCCGGAUACUACCGAAGACAUCGGCCUUGACCGCAACCAUCUGGAUACCGCGGUAAGCACCCGUCCGCCGAACACCUCUUAGUCAGGUAUCCUGUAAUAAGACACUGAGCAAACCAUCUCUUUCCAGGGCUGGAUAAAGAAAGCAUAACGGAUUAGGUGUCCGGCUCCCCUUCCCGAAGACUCAGCGGACCCCGUGCUAACAAGGAUGCUGGCGCCGGCACUGUACCAGGUGCUGGUGGAGGAGGGCGAGGUGGAGAGCGGGAAGGCCAGAGGUGGCCUUCGUUCCGAAGGUAAAUUAGACACCGAGUCCAGAGAAAUCAACGUUUCCCUGCUCGAAGACAGAGGCGAAGGAGAAGCAAGCAUCCCUUCUCCAUAUAGGAGGAAAAGGGCCGCCUCCGAAGGUUGGGAGGAAUAGGCUCCCAAGAGGGGCAAGAUGCCAUCACCGGGCGGCUCGGGAUUAGAAGGCGACGCCGUUACACAGCUCCGUCGUGAGGACAGGCCUUCGACCAAAUCGUAAGUGAAUCCAGGGUGCUUUAAUCACAUCCCGUUCCUUUCCUGUUACCGAAGUGACAUGUAGUACAUAUAUGUAUCACAGUUCGGCACACAGUUUUCCUCAGCAAUCCUCUUCCUCGGGAGAUCUUCUCCUAGAGAUGAUGGAAAGCGAGACGCCUCCCCCGGCCUCCUCGCCCAAUAAGGCGGACGACUCCGAAGUGUCGUCCCGGAGUGUUUUUCUUGAUCAACAAGCGGCGCGAGGGAUGAAGAAGGCAUUACCCGAAGGUGGUCCCCCGAUCGCCCGGGGUUCGGGGGCCAACAAUGAAGGCCCUGGACUGUCCGGUAUUCGGCCAGCGAUGAUUCUGGGGACAAGUGAACGGAUUCCUUCGUAGGAAGGCCGAGCUCCUACAGUGGCUUUCGGAGACCCGGCGGCGCCGGAUAUGUUGAAGGAUAUGCUGCGACAAGCAUCUGUCUUGGAGGAACAGCGUACCCUGAUGGGUACGGUGGUUGAGAGGAUUCUGUCCGCGAAGAGCAGAUUGAAUGAAGCCUUCAUGAGCCUGCUAAGAGGCUUCGAGGUUUGUGAUGUAAUACUUUCAACUGUAUUUUAUUUGCAAAAUGCACCUGUGUAUAGGUAGUAGCCCCUGAGACUCGGGUUGGCUUCCCAUGGGAGGCGAUCAGAGGAUCAAGAAGAAAUGCUCAGGGAUAAUCUGGUUAAUUUGUAACACAUGUUGUUUCUCCCUUGACGACUGCCCGGACUACAGAGAUUGCCGAGCUGCAGCAGAAGCUUGAUGUGGCAGGGGAUGACAUUGCGUUAAUCAAUAGGCGUCUUGACGAGUUGCAAGGUAUGUAUUCGGAGCAGUCAUUGCACAUACGUGUUUGUAAUAUAAGCAUGACGCUGAAAAUUGUAGGCUGGGAUAUGUAUGGCUGCAGAUGGUGUCGCCGCCGUUGAAGUUCUUCGGGCGGAGCUAGCUCAGGCCAAGGAGCAGGCCCGGUUUAGUAAUGCGGCUGCCGAAAAGGCAUUGGCCGAGUUAAAGACCGAACAAGCUGCCCGGCACCAAGACGAGGAGAAAAUAUCCACGAUGGCGCUCGAACUAAAAAAUGCUACUAGCUGCUGUGAAUUCCUUGAGAAGGAGAAUAAAGCCAAAAUGGAUGAUCUUGACAAGGCCUUGCGGGAGGCCAAAGAAGCUCGGACCGCAUCUAGAGCGGCCCGUGAGGAGAUCCGGCAAUCUGGGGAGACCGCGGCUGAUGUGUUUUUGGACUUGCCGAAGAGUUCUUCCGAUGCGGCGCAGUUUUACCAAGCGCAAGAGGGAUAUGCAACGGAGAAGCUUUUCUGGUCACAGUUUGGUGCACCAAAGCGCCCUCUGCUGCUGAAUGAACAGAUGUCCCAAUGGGCCGAGCUUCACAGGAUAUCCGGUGCUGCCAUGAAGAACGUCGUAAUCCUGUUGUGGCCGACUGAGCCUAUUCCGAAUAGCUACUUUGGCUUGGUGCAGCGGCUUGCUGAUGCGGUGCCACGUAUCGAAGCCGUUAAGCGGUCGGCGUGCAUUGAAGGUGCACAGAUGGCCUUUGCCGGUGUCAAGACAUAUUGGGGGAAGAUGAAGGCCAUCGAUGUUUCGGCGAAGAGUCCACCCAAGGGCAAGGACCAUCACGCACCAGAGCAUUAUUUUGAGUACGUCGUAGAGGCUGCCCGCUUGAUAGAGGGUCAAUGUUCGAAAGACAUAAUAUUCGAUUGAAGUGUAAGCGAAUUGUAGAAGACAAUUUUUAUGAUCAGACUAUAUUUUAGUUUUGCCUGAA